GCAGCAGUUGCUUAAGUCGCAUACGUGUCAUAGCUGUUUUGUGAAAUAUGAAAUGAGAAGUUAGGAGGGUUAGGAGUGUAUUUUAUGCUGUGAUUUUGUACAUUUACCUUUAAUCGCGCAGUAUUAUUUGUGAAAGUACUGAUAUGGUAACAGAUUACGGACCAUUCGUAUUAAAAUUUAAUAAACAUGUCAGGUUUCUAAUGUAAGAAAUAUUUGUUUUCGUAGCCGUGGACACGCCACGGUUACGGUAUAGGUUAUACUGUAGUUUUAGUAUUUGUCAAAAAUAAGUCGUGUCACAAUGAGUGUUAAGGCUUUCGAAUUUGUAUCAGUUAUAGAAGCACUUCAGCAACUGGGGGAAAAUGCACAAACUAAGAUUGAAUGUAUAGAAUGCUGUGGCAAAGAGCUGUAUGUUGGAACAAACGAUAGUUCUCUAAUAUUGUACGCUUUGGAAGAGAAGAAGGAGGGAAUUGGGAAGGUGGUUUACAAGAGCAGGAAAGUGCGUCACAAGUUUCUAGACUUGAAGAAACCAGUUAAAUGCAUCAAAGCCGCCUCAGCUUUGAACCGAUUGCUAAUUCUGUGUGAUUCAAGUCUACUAAUCCUUAAUAUGCAUGACUUGGAAAUAAUUGGCGGAGGACCCAAGCUUCGUGGGAUUAGUACAUUCUGUUUGAAUGAAAAUCCAAACAUCAAUAAUCCAUUUUGCAUACAGAUUUGUGUUGCUCGAAAGAGACAGCUCCAGGUGUACAAUGUGACUGAGGAGAAGCUGAUUCAUAUCAAGGAUAUUGGGGUGCCAGAGCCAGCAAUUGGUGUUGCAGUUGAUGGCUCAUACAUCUGUGCUGCUUUGCUGACGCAAUAUACUGUAUACAACUUUGACACUAACUUCACACAGCAACUCUUCACUUAUGGCAGAGAAAAUUUUCUCCCCAUUAUCCGCAGGAUUACCAAGGAAGAAUUUCUGUUGAGUGCACCUGAAGGGCUUGGAAUGUUUGUGAAUGCAGAGGGUAUGUCCAACAGACCACCAAUCCAGUGGUCAUAUCCUCUGCGAGCUCUUGCAUACUCCCAUCCUUACAUUCUAGGCCUCAGUGAUGAUGUCAUCAUGGUGUACAGUAUCUUGGACCAGCAGCAGAAGCAGGCUCUUCCAUUCAUUGGUGGAAGGAGCAUUGGUAACUUUGAUGGUCGUAUUUAUGUGACUUCUGGAAUGGCUGUGUAUAGCCUGACACCAGUACCAUGGGAGAAGCAAGUCGAGGUCUUGCUUGCAGAUUCCAGGGUGGAAGAAGCAUUGGAAUUGGCACAGAAUGCAAAUCGAGUGGGCAUGACAAAAGAACAGUUCCAGAAGUUGUAUCAUAAAAUUCAGCAACAGGCAGCAUUCAUCCAUUUUUCAAAUGGUGAAUUUGAUAAAGCUCAAGAGCUCUUUGUCAGUGGCAGUGUUGAUCCAAGGGAGGUGAUUUCUAUAUUCCCAGGCCUUAUGCCACCAUCUUCAACAUUUGUUAGGUCCAUUCCACCUCUUCAUGGCAUUGCUGAUGUCAUCCAGCUGUUUCAUGGUGAUGAAGGAAAACUUAGUGAAGCAAAACAGUUCCUGCAUCAUUUCUUAGAGGACCUGCGUGAGAAGUCACAUCAACAUGCUUUGGAAGUAGAUACAGCAUUGCUGAAAGUAUAUGCUGAGAUAAAUGCUCCAGAACUGGAAGCUUUUAUUGCAGCCAGUGAAAUUACAUGUGAUGUAAGGGAUUGUUGUGACUGGCUGGAGAAGAGCAAAUGCUAUCAUGCUCUGGCAUUACUACACCGACAUGCAUGUGACCAUGACAAAGCUCUCAAGGUGUGGGCCAAGAUCAUCUCUGGGGAGUACAAAGAUGAUAGGUUUCAUGGCCUAGAGUUCUUUGUCGAAUGUUUAGCAAAUUUGAAGGAGCCUGAGUUCUUGUGGCGAUAUGCGGAUUUUGUCUUAAGCCGUGAUCAAGAAGUUGGUGUGGGCAUUUUUACACUGCGAUCAGCACAAGAAGUGAAUUCAGAUGCUUUGAAACCUGAUACAGUUUUAAAUUAUCUGCAUCAGUACCCAAAGGCAGUUGUAAAAUACCUUGAACAUCUAGUCAUUAAACAAGAAAUACAGGCAGAGAAAUUUCAUACACACCUGGCCAUACUGUAUCUGGAAGACAUUUUAAAGAAGCGAAAAGAAGGCAAUCAGGAGGCAGUAAUGGAAUUGAGAACAAAACUCCGUUACUUGCUGCAGGUGUCUAGUCUAUACCGUGUUCAGUUACUUCUUGGCAAGAUGAAUGAAGCUGAUCUACACCAAGAAGCAGCAAUUCUAUAUGGAAAGAUAGAAGAACAUGAGAAAGCCUUGGACAUAUUGGUGCACAACUUAAAGGACUUCAAGGCAGCUGAGAUGUAUUGCAUAAAUACUACUGAAGGGAAAGGACUGAAAUACAAGCACAACCUCUUCCACACACUGCUUGCUGUAUACUUGGACCCAAAAUUGGAAGCCAGUAAGAGAGAGGAAUACCUGUCGCCAGCCCUUGAAUUACUGAAUGCUCGUGCAGGAGAUUUUGAUGCAGCCAAAGUACUAGAAAUGAUACCGCCAAACUGGUCAGUUUCUGUGGUGGAAGUGUUUCUCCGUGGAGCUCUUCGCACAUCUCUUCAUAAGUACCGAAUGACCAAGGUAGAAAGUGCACUUGCACGAGGAGAAAAUUUACAAAACAGAUUCGCAUUGUAUCAUCUGCAGCGACUGUCCAUCUCCCUCCAUGAAAGCAACUACUGCUGCAUAUGCAAGAAGCCAUUCUUGGAUGGGAGUUUUGCCCGCUAUCCCAACAAUGUUCUUACGCACGUUUCUUGUGCAAGACAUAGUAGCAUAUGUCCGUUAACUGGAAAGAACUUCAAAAGCCUGGCAUCGUUGUAUCCAGGGAGGUAACACUCCUUGCAAGGUUAACAGCAAGUUAUUUUGAAUUAAGAAGGAACAGAAUGGAAAUCACAGUAAUGUAGACCCAUAAUGAGCCUCUCCAAAUUGCAGUGCUACUUACAGUAAAAUUAUAUUAUAGCUUAGUAUUUAUGUUACCAAAGUAUACUUAAGGAUUUUAAGCUAAGUUUGUUAUAGUGACUGGAAAAUAAAUUGUAACAUUGUGUUGGAUAAUAAAUGAGGACAGUAUCCAAGUGUCA